AUGGCAACGGCUUCUAAUCCCAUCCACCCCUACAAAAAGCAUCUUUUGGAGUCUCAAAAUGUUCCUGCAUCUAUCUUUGAAGAAGGUUCUAUGAAAAAUUCAAUGGCUAAUGAAACUCAGGACUCAUCUUCUACAGAACAGCAUUCAGAACCUAGAUUUAUACAGGACAGUGAUGGCAGACCAACUUCUGUUAGUGCAGGAAAUGGAACACUGCACUCUAUCUCCCCAAGUCCAGCGACAUCAAAUUCUCAUACAAGAAACUCCUCUUAUACACAAAAUAGUAACAAGAUGACCCCGCAAAGAGCUACAAAAUCAUAUCCCAAUAUGUCUCCAAUGUCUCAAAUGAAUAACUCGUCUGGGAAUGUGCAUAAUAGGUCUAUGACAGAGGCUCCAUUCACAUUAUCUGACAAUACUACGUCGUCGAUCUCUUCAAACGCAGAAAAGAAUAAGAAACGUACUAAAUCUGUUGAUCUAUCACACAUGUACCUAUUAACCAAAAAUAAUGAUACAAAAUUAACUUCUACCAAUGAAUCAGUUGCAGAUCUUUCGCAUCAGAUGAUCAGUCACUAUUUGGGAAAUGAAAAUAAUUCGUCACUAGUACCUAGGUUGAAAACACUCGAAAUGUAUAGAGAUAAUGUUAAAAAAUCAAAAGACCCAAAUGUUUUAUUUCAAUAUGCUCAAUAUAUGCUGCAAACAGCUUUAACAAUAGAGUCUUCAAAUGUUCUGAUAACAACUAAUAUAUCCUCCAAAGAUUCCGAAAACGUGACGCAGGCAGACCUGAAGAAGCAGUUCUUAAGAGAGGCUCAACAUUACUUAAAGAAAUUGAGUAUCAAAGGUUACACUAAUGCUCAGUAUCUCUUGGCUGAUGCCUAUUCAUCGGGUGUUUUUGGUAAAGUAGAUAAUAAAGAAGCAUAUAUCCUGUUUCAAGCCGCUGCAAAACAUGGUCAUAUUGAAAGUGCAUACAGAACGGCUCAUUGCUUAGAGGAAGGCCUGGGUACAACGAGAGACUCAAGAAAGUCAUUAAAUUUCUUGAAAUUUGCUGCUAGUAGGAAUCAUGCAUCUGCGAUGUUUAAAUUAGGUCUGUAUUCUUUUUACGGAAGAAUGGGUCUUUCGAAUGACAUAAAUACAAAACAAAACGGUAUCAAAUGGUUAUCAAGGGCUGCUGCAAGGGCUAGUGAGUUAACUUGUGCUGCACCUUACGAAUUAGCAAAAAUUUAUGAAGAAGGUUUCAUAGAUAUUAUCAUUCCCGAUGAAAAAUAUGCAAUGGAAUUAUAUAUUCAGGCUGCAACAUUGGGACAUACAAAAUCUGCCACUUUAUUAGGUCAGAUCUAUGAAUCUGGAAAUUCAGUAGUCUCGCAAGACGUUUCAUUAUCCGUUCAUUAUUAUACGAAGGCAGCCUUGCAAGGUGACCCUGUCGCGAUGUUAGGUUUAUGUGCCUGGUACUUACUUGGUGCAGAGCCCGCCUUUGAAAAAGAUGAGACAGAAGCUUUUCAAUGGGCAUCUAGAGCUGCAGCCGCUGGUCUACCAAAAGCCCAGUUUACAUUGGGUUAUUUUUAUGAAAAUGCAAAAGGCUGUGACCAAAACAUGGGGCUUGCAUGGAAAUGGUAUCGUAUCGCGGCAGAAAAUAAUGAUCCAAGAGCUCUUAAUAAAGUAAAUACCCAAGAGGGUACCAAAUCAGAAAAGAAGAAGACAACCUACAAUCAUAAAAAGAAUAAAAGUGUGAGCACCAUUAAUCUGUUUUCUGGUUCAAAUAGUAAUGCUAAGACUAUGAGCUCCCCUGAUAAAUCUAUAAGAUACAGUAACUACUUCUCAACAGAAGGAGACCAUUUACAAGCAAAUGAACCUAAACCAUCGAGCGAACCACAGUUUUUAGCUAAUCCACCGCCACCUAGCAAUGUAAUCACUGAAACUAAUAAAAAAAAUUCUAAACUUUCAAAGAGAAAUAAAAAAGAAAAAAGCAAAGACAAAAAUAAAGAUAACAAAAAAUCGAAAGAUUGCAUUAUUAUGUAA